UUGCGGCGCUGAACAAGAGUGUCAUUCCGGUGGAACGCGGCCGGGUGAGUGUUUCAGUUGUGUCUCGAUCGUCAACUUGGCCGGUAGCAAUACGGCGAUACCUCCCGCGAAAUCCCUCCGACGAAGUUCGGGCAGUUCAGACGGCGUGCAGCGUUCUGAUUUGUUGUUUUUCCGAGCUCAGUUAUUGAACCUCGCAUUUGAAUCCAUUUUGCGGUUGCAAAACCGUGUGUGGAGAAUAGGAACUAUUAAACGUGUUCACAUUGAAACGCGACCGGCUGGCGGUAAUUCGAUAUCGAAUUGCGCAAAUUCUUACAUCUGUCUUGACGUCUUUAAGAGGACGGUUGUGCGAAGAAGUCGUGGAAAAGUGCACAAAUAUAAUUGAUAAAUUCUAUACGACCACCGAGUCGGCAAACUAAGUCAGUGCAAGUGAAUGUGAGGGAAGCCCGCCAAAUAUUGUUAUUUUUUUCUUCUUUACGAAAUUAACAGUUAGUACAAUUUAACCGCAUACGAUUUGAUGUCAAUACAUAAAGUGACGAUUUGUAGCCAAAGGAAUGUCAAACACAUAAAUGAAAUGAGUGGAUUACCAGUGAAAAACAAGCUACAUUAACAGUUGUAGCCAUCGAUUGGACGUGUUCGGAUAGAGACCAAGAAACGUGGUUUACGAAAAGAUUGAUACUGUAAAAGAGUUCAGACCAUCCGCGGAACGGAAUAAGAGUAUCAAACAUGACAAUCAACACAGAUGACCAGAGCGCCGACAAUGAGGGAAGAAGCAGUAUCAUGGCCAGGCAAAUUUACGAAUGCACCUGGCGUUUAAGCUGCGAAUCGAGGAAUUACGGCUUUCCCGCUACUCAAUAUCACUACAGUUCCGGAGGUUACCAAAGUGAUGAGGAUGGCACACACAACAACAGCGAGAAAGUCACACUCAUUCAGGUGUGGAAACCGAAAGGCUACGGUGCGGUCACGGGACAGAUUCCACAGCCCGAGCGGCUGACGUACACCUGGAAGGAGAUCGAUGUUUUCGGUGAAAUUCCAGGCGAUACCAGAAAGGAACCGCUUUGCAGGCGGUUGCGAACCUGCUUCACACGACACAAGAAGGACUUCAAUCCUCGUAAGCACUUGCUAAAAAAUGUUACUGGCGUGGCGAAAAGUGGGGAGCUACUGGCGGUGAUGGGAAGUUCGGGUGCCGGAAAAACAACAUUGCUGAACGCGUUAGCCUUUCGAUCGCCUCCUGGAGUGAAAAUAUCUCCCACAUCGAUCCGCGCCCUAAACGGGACAGUGGUAAACGCCGAACAAUUGCGCGCUCAUUGCGCUUACGUGCAGCAGGACGAUUUGUUUAUUGCGGCACUGACCACCAGGGAACAUCUUAUUUUCCAAGCAAUGCUGCGCAUGGGAAGAGACGUCCCUAAGAGUGUUAAAAUGAGUCGAGUGGCCGAUGUGCUGCAGGAGCUGUCACUUAACAAAUGCGCCGACACUAUCAUUGGAGCCCCCGGGCGGAUGAAGGGUCUCUCCGGUGGAGAACGAAAACGGCUGGCGUUCGCAUCGGAGACUCUCACCGAUCCCCAUCUGCUGCUCUGUGAUGAACCCACGUCAGGAUUGGAUUCGUUCAUGGCACAUAGCGUUCUGCAAGUGCUCAAGAGAAUGGCAAUGAAGGGCAAGACAAUAGUAUUAACGAUACACCAGCCGUCGUCGGAGUUGUACUGCCUGUUCGACAAGAUCCUCUUGAUGGCUGAAGGUCGAGUAGCGUUCCUUGGCUCACCUUACCAGGCAUCGGAAUUUUUCUCGCAACUCGGAAUCCCCUGCCCACCGAACUACAAUCCGGCCGAUUUCUACGUACAAAUGCUAGCGAUCGCUCCGAACAAAGAGGUCGAGUGCCGCGAUACCAUCAAGAAAAUCUGCGACUCUUUCGCGGUCAGUCCAAUCGCACGAGAUGUGGCGGAAAUGGCGAAUGUUGGCAAGGGCGAAAACGAGGUCUACUUCUCCGGUUCCUCUGCGACCAACGGAAGUGGUAAAGGUAUAGGCAAGACUGGCUACCGCGCUAGCUGGUGGACACAGUUCUACUACGUACUUUGGCGAUCGUGGUUGACUGUGUUGAAGGAUCCGAUGUUGGUGAAAGUGCGACUGCUGCAGACGGCGAUGGUCGCCACCCUGAUCGGGUCCAUCUACUUCGGCCAGAAGCUGGACCAGGACGGUGUGAUGAACAUCAACGGGGCACUGUUUCUCUUCCUCACGAACAUGACCUUCCAGAAUGUGUUUGCGGUAAUCAACGUAUUCUCGGCGGAGGUACCAAUAUUUCUGCGUGAGAAACGCUCCCGUUUGUUCCGUGUGGAUACUUAUUUUCUGGGGAAAACCAUUGCUGAGCUGCCACUGUUUAUAUUGGUCCCGUGGGUGUUCACCUCGAUUGCUUACCCCAUGAUUGGCCUGAGAGCUGGGCUGAUGCCUUUCUUGACUGCCACUUUUAUUGUAACGUUGGUGGCGAACGUUGCGACGUCCUUCGGUUAUUUCAUCUCCUGCGCCAGUUCAUCAAUCUCCAUGGCUCUGUCGGUGGGACCUCCGGUGAUAAUCCCAUUUCUGAUCUUCGGAGGAUUCUUCCUGAACUCGGCUUCGGUGCCGGUGUACUUCGAGUAUCUUUCGUACCUAUCAUGGUUCCGUUACGCCAACGAGGCACUGCUAAUCAACCAGUGGAGUGAGAUUCAGGCAGGGGAAAUCGCUUGUACCAGAGCGAACGUGACGUGUCCCAGCUCGGGUCAGAUCAUUCUCGAAACGUUCAACUUCAAAGUGGAAGACUUUACCUUCGACAUUGUGUGCUUAGUGGCUUUGAUAGUUUUGUUCCGUUUGGGGGCACUACUGUGUCUGUGGCUACGCUCAAAGAGUAAAGAGUAAAACCGGAUCCUACUUAGUAAAACAAGGAUGUCAUCUAGUAGCAAGUUUAGUCGAUUAGCAUUGCAUUAAUGCAACUGUUUGUAUUUGACGGUAGAACAAUUUUCUCUAAAUGGUUAAUUAAACGAAAA